UGAUCAGCCUUUUUCCAGCCAGACCAGAGUGCCGGCAAGUACUGGGGCCUUCACCUCUGUCUACAGCCCAGAUUUCCUCAGAAUGGAUCUCACAAAAGACCUGAAGGAAGAGCUCCGUCUCUACCAGAGCACCCUGCUUCAAGAUGGCCUCAAGGAACUCCUGGAUGACAACAAGUUUGUUGACUGUACUCUCAAAGUGGGGGACAAAAGCUUGCCUUGUCACAGGUUGAUUUUGGCAGCAUGCAGCCCAUAUUUCCGUGAGCUUUUUUUUGCUGAAGAAGGGAAAGAGAGCAAGAAGGAGGUUGUUCUUGAAAAUGUUGACCCCAAAAUAAUGGAUAUGAUCGUGAAAUACCUCUAUUCGGCUGAGAUAGAGCUCACAGAUGAGAAUGUGCAAGAUAUUUUUGCUGUGGCAAGUCGCUUCCAGAUCCCCUCUGUGUUCACCGUGUGUGUGACUUAUCUGCAGAAACGACUUGCCCCUAACAACUGCCUGGCCAUAUUCAGGUUGGGGCUUCUCUUGAAUUGCCCAAGACUGGCUGUGGCUGCACGCGAUUACAUUUCGGAUCGAUUCGAGCUCCUGGCAAGAGAAGAUGACUUUCUUCAGCUGGCCCCCCAUGAGCUGUUCGCCAUUAUCGGUGGAGAUGCGUUGAAUGUGGAAAAAGAAGAGCUUGUGUUUGAGGCCGUGAUGAGCUGGGUCAGAAAAGACAAACAGAACAGGGUCAAGAGCCUCAGCGAGGCUUUUGACUGUAUCCGCUUCCGUCUCCUGCCUGAGAAGUACUUCAAAGAGCACGUGGAAAAGAAUGACAUUAUUAAGUCAAGCCCUGAGCUGCUCAAGAAAAUUCAGGUGAUUAAAGAUGCCUUCGCUGGAAAGCUCCCAGAAAAAGGGAAAACAGGUGAGGCUGGGGAAGGUGUGGUGAACGGCGACGUGGGAGAUGAAGACCUGUUGCCUGGUUACCUUAAUGACAUUCCCAGACAUGGCAUGUAUGUCAAAGACUUUGUCCUCAUGAUCAAUGACACAGCUGCUGUGGCCUAUGACCCCAGUGAGAAUGAGUGCUACCUGGCUGCCAUGGCACAACAAAUUCCAAGAAACCAUGUCAGUCUGAUCACCAAAAGCAACCAAGUCUACAUCGUUGGAGGUUUGUUUGUGGACGAGGAAAACAAAGAAUUUCCCCUGCAGUGCUACUUCUACCAGCUUGACAGUAUUGCUGGUGAAUGGAUUGCUCUUCCUCCAAUGCCUUCGCCCCGGUGUCUCUUUGGUUUGGCUGAAAGCGACAACCUCAUCUUCGCGGUCGCAGGGAAGGACCUUCAGACGGAUGAGUCUCUCGAUUCACUGCUGUGCUUUGAUCCUCAGGAGAUGAAAUGGAGUGAGAGCAAAAAGCUGCCAAUUAAGAUCCACGGUCACUCUGUGGUCUCGCAUAAUGGAUUGGUCUACUCAAUUGGAGGAAAGACAGAUGACAAGAAAACCGUAAACAAGAUGUUUGUGUACAACCCAAAGAAGUCGGAGUGGAAGGAGCUGGCUCCAAUGAAAUCUCCACGGGCGAUGUUUGGUGCUGUUGUUCACAACGGCAAACUUUUUGUGGCUGGCGGAGUCAAUGAAGACGGCCUUACCGCCGCGAGUGAGGUCUAUGAUUUUGCUAGUAACAAGUGGGAGGCUAUGACUGAGUUUCCCCAAGAGAGAAGCUCCAUUAACCUCAUCAGCAACGCAGGGUCUCUGUACGCUAUUGGAGGCUUCGCCAUGAUUCAGCUCGAAAACAAGGAAUUUGCCCCAUCAGAGAUCACCGAUGUCUGGAAGUACGAGGACGACAAGAAGCAGUGGAGCGGGAUGCUGAGGGAGAUCCGUUACGCCUCUGGAGCUUCCUGCCUCCCCAUCCGCCUCAACGUCACCAAGAUGUCCAAGCUGUGACGGCCCUCCUGUGCUUCCGAAACGAGCGCUUCACACGAAGGCUGAAGAGCAAGUCGCCGUCCAGCCUAGAUGUAUUUUCUGCACGUCGUUUGAAUGUUUUUAACACUUGGGAGAUUUAACUUUUAAGUUUUCCAUCCUCCAAUCUUCAUCUGGCUAAGAAAUAUGUUAUAGGCUGAAAAACCGUGCUGCCUAACAGCAUCCCUUGUGUUUUUAACAUCAAUCUUCCCAGCACUAGACAAAGCUGACAGUUAAGAAACACAUUUGUUAUAAAUGAAGUAGAAACAGUACUUGUGACUUAUAUAUUGCCAGAUAUAUCAAACUGUAUUUUAUGUUGCUUUGAUUUUUUUUUGUAAAAUAAACAAUUUAAAUUAAUAUAAAGCAA